UGGCUGCCAGGUUUUCGGUGCUCUUCGCAGUUCUCGGGCUCCGGGACGGUUGUCAGUAUCUCCUCGGUCUCUCCCGACUCCGUGGCGGUUCUUUUAGACCAGGGACCAGACUCAGUGAGUUCUUCGCCCUCGGCGAGACGUGAUGGAUGCCGCCAUGCUAGCCUCUUUGGUCUAUCAGAUGUGGACUUAAACCUGAUCAAUCACUUUCCAACCCUGUUCCAUCUCCUUGGGUGAGAGGGGCCAGGCAGCCAAAUGGAUACGGCACCUGCCAGUCAAGUGACAGAGAAGGCUGCCUUGCAAGCACCACCAGGCGAAAAGAACCUGGGUCCGAUGGCUCAGCGUGGGCAGCAGCCCCAUGGCCUUCUUGCUGCAGCCCCGGAGCUGGGAGCCAGGCCAGACCCUGCCAGUCAGAUUCUAGGGACUUCUCAAGGGCCUGAAAAACUGUUGGGUGAACUCGAAGGAGACUCUGAUCAAUCUCAAGAGUUAACCAGUGAGGCAGAGGAGACUCUGGAGGCCUCUGACCUCUGGUACUGUCCAGACGGCAGCUUUGUCAAAAAGAUUAUCACCUAUGGCCAUGGCCUGGACAAACCCAAGCUGGGUUCUCGCUGCCAAGUGCAGGCUUUGGGGUUUCCUUUUGGUUCCGGACUGCCAGAGGGCAACACCGAAGUCACUAUAGGUUUAGGUCCAUGGAGAGAGGAGACCUGGGGGGAAGUCUUAGAAAAAUGCUUGGAGUCCAUGUGUGAAGGGGAGGAAGCAGAGAUUCGGGUCCCUGGGCAUAGUGGACCUCCAUUCAGGGUCAGGCUGAGUUCAUUUACUCAGGGUCGGGAUUCCUGGGAGCUGGAGGUGAGUGAGAAGGUAGCCCUGGCCAGGGAAGAACAGGCCAGGGGCACAGAGCUGUUUCGAGCUGGAAACCCCGAAGGGGCUGCCCGCUCCUACGGAAGGGCUCUCAGACUGUUACUGACUCUACCCCCGCCUGGUCCUCCAGAGCGAGCCGUCCUUCACGCCAACCUCGCAGCUUGCCAGUUGCUGCUAGGGCAGCCCCAGCUGGCAGCCCAAAGCUGUGAUCGGGUACUGGAGCGGGAGCCUGGCCAUUUGAAAGCCUUAUACCGGAGGGGUGUUGCCCAGGCUGCCCUUGGGAACCUAGAAAAGGCCACUGCUGACUUCAAGAAGGUCCUGGCGGUAGACCCCAAAAACCGCGCAGCUCAGGAGGAGUUGGGGAAGGUGAUCAUUCAGGGGAAGAAACAAGAUGCAGGGCUGGCCCAGGGUCUGCGCAAGAUGUUUAGAUGAUUAAACCAUAAAAGAGA